UGCUUUCACCGACUCAGCGAUGGUAGGCAGGCUGGCCUAAGGUUGCACGGCGAUGAACGCGUUUAUUUUUCGCGGGCAUACGAAUCUGGUUGAUGUGGCAAGGAGGAAGCGGUUGGGGAGAGGAACAUGCUGGCCCGCUCUUUAGUUACUGGACUCGUCAGAUGUCCGUACUCCUUCGAAGAUGCGAUCAGCAUGGAGCGAACCGUGGCGCUUGCUUUGUCCUCGGGACAAAGGUCGGGUCGUUUCCGUCGCUUGACGCUCACGAACCGCUCUCAUAGGAGUCUACGUCGAUAAUUCAAGU